AGGGCAAUUUUCCACUUUUCGCUCCUUCUUAAAAGACGAGAGAGCCUUCUGCCCCCUCCCCGCCAAAAAUUUUAGUCUUGCACAUAUAACUGUCAAAAGCAACAUCACCUUCUUGUGUGUCUGUGUGUUUGUUGCAUAAAAGUACUCUUUCUUUUAUUCUCUCUCUCUCUUUAUCCUUUUGAUCGUUUUUCCUUUUCAUCAUGUCUGACGAGGUCUACGAGGGUGCCAUUGGCAUUGACUUGGGUACUACCUACUCUUGCGUUGCCAACUAUGAGGGCUCCAAUGUUGAAAUCAUUGCCAACGAGCAGGGAAGCUUCACCACUCCUUCCUUCGUCUCUUUCACCGACAAGGAGCGUCUUAUCGGUGAGGCUGCCAAGAAUCAGGCUGCCAUGAACCCCCAGAACACCAUUUUUGAUAUCAAGCGUCUCAUUGGUCGACGAUUCGAAGACCCCGUCGUCAAGAAGGAUAUCGAGUCAUGGCCCUUCAAGGUCGUUGACCAGGGCGGUAACCCCGUCGUCGAGGUCGAGUAUUUGAACGAGACCAAGACCUUCUCUCCUCAAGAGAUUUCCUCCAUGGUUCUCACCAAGAUGAAGGAAGUUGCUGAGACCAAGCUCGGCAAGAAGGUCUCCAAGGCUGUCAUCACCGUCCCCGCUUACUUCAACGACAACCAGCGUCAGGCCACCAAGGAUGCCGGUGCCAUUGCUGGUUUGAACGUUCUCCGUAUCAUCAACGAGCCCACUGCUGCCGCUAUUGCCUACGGUUUGGGUUCCGGAAAGUCUGACAAGGAGCGUAAUGUCCUUAUCUACGAUCUCGGUGGUGGUACCUUUGAUGUUUCCCUCUUGAACAUCCAGGGUGGCGUCUUCACUGUCAAGGCUACCGCUGGUGAUACUCACCUUGGUGGUCAGGACUUUGACACCAACUUGUUGGAGCACUUCAAGAAGGAAUUCCAAAGAAAGACGAAGAAAGAUCUCUCUGGUGACCCUCGUGCUCUCCGUCGUCUCCGUACCGCUUGUGAGCGUGCUAAGCGUACUCUCUCCAACGCUACCCAGACCACUGUCGAAAUUGACUCUCUCUUCGAUGGUGAGGACUUCAAUGCUCAGAUCACUCGUGCUCGAUUCGAGGACCUCAACGCCAAGGCUUUCUCUGGCACUCUGGAUCCCGUUCAACAGGUCUUGAAGGACUCUGGCAUUGACAAGAAGGCCGUCGACGAGAUUGUCCUUGUCGGUGGAUCCACCCGUAUUCCCCGUAUCCAGAAGCUUCUUAGUGACUUCUUCGACGGAAAGAAGCUUGAGAAGAGCAUUAACCCCGAUGAGGCCGUUGCCUACGGUGCUGCUGUCCAGGCCGGUAUCCUCAGUGGAAAGGCUACCUCCGAGGAGACCUCUGACCUCCUUCUUCUCGACGUUGUUCCUCUCUCUCUCGGUGUCGCCAUGGAGGGUAACAUCUUCGCUCCCGUUGUUCCUCGCGGUCAAACCGUCCCCACCAUCAAGAAGCGCACUUUCACCACUGUUGUUGACAACCAGCAGACUGUGCAAUUCCCUGUCUACCAGGGUGAGCGUACCAACUGCGAGGACAACACCUCUCUUGGUGAAUUCACUCUUGCUCCUAUCCCUCCCAUGAGGGCUGGUGAGGCUGCUUUGGAGGUCGUCUUCGAGGUCGACGUCAACGGUAUCCUCAAGGUUACUGCUACCGAGAAGUCCUCUGGCCGUUCUGCCAACAUCACCAUCUCCAACGCUGUUGGCAAGCUUUCCAGCACUGAGAUCGAACAGAUGAUUAGCGAUGCCGCCAAGUUCAAGUCCAGCGACGAGGAAUUCAGCAAGAAGUUUGAGGCCCGCCAACAGCUCGAAUCCUACAUCUCCCGUGUUGAGGAAAUCAUCUCCGACCCCACCAUGUCCCUCAAGCUCAAGCGCGGCAACAAGGAGAAGAUUGAGUCUGCUUUGAGCGACGCCAUGGGCCAGCUCGAGAUUGACGACUCCACCCCUGAUGACUUGAAGAAGAAGGAGUUGGCUCUCAAGCGUCUCAUCACCAAGGCUAUGGCCACCCGCUAAAUUCAUCCUUCCUCUCAUACCGAACCUCAUCCCUUUUUCUCUCCCUCCGAGCCUCAAUAACCUACCCACUCACCCUAUUUCACGGCUAAUCGUUUUGAAACACCGUUUUUCCCAUGUCCGAGAGUUUGAGGUCAUUUCUUUGAAACAUUUUGCGGGAAUCCUGAAAAGGAAAAAUUAAAAGUGCGGAAUGAUAAUGAAACUUUUUUCCUAUGUUUAUUUUUCUUUUUCAUCCAAAAGGAUUAAAAUUGAUGACUAUAUCCAACGAUCCGAGAGAGAAAGGAGGGAAAGAAGAGAAAAAAACGUCAUGUACGAGUCAAAAUUAAUGAUUUCUACAUUAUUUUCUCCCUUUGCUUCUUUUUCUUCUUUCUAUGCAACAUAAAACGGGGUUUCUCUACUUCUAGAUUGUUUUGGCGAUGAGGAAUGUUCUCCUUUUUUAUAUCUCGUGUGAUUCGAAUAUCUCCUGUUCUUUUCUUGUUAUGACCUUCGAUAGAAUCAAAUCUUU